UUAAUUUCAUUUUGUAGGAUGGCACAGUUCCACCUUCUCGACCCGUUCUACGACGAGAGCCACCGGGGGCGCCUUCUGUCGGAAGGCCAGGACCUAGCAACGCUUCGUUCUAGGACACACAAUGGGUUCCUAGACAUGGUGUUCGACGACAGGUACACUAAUUACCUCAGACGAGCAGGUCUAGAUGUAAUAUCUUACCAGUUACGACGCGGGUUGCCUACUAUUGAUUCGGCGGCCAUUACUGCACUUGUGGACAGGUGGCGUCCUGAGACACAUAGUUUUCAUCUUCCUUUUGGUGAGAUGACAGUCACAUUAGAGGAUGCACAGAAGAUACUUGGACUCAAUGUUGGUGGCAGAGCAGUGACAGGCCAAUGUGACUCUGACGGAUGGAGGGCUAGAGUUGAGGCCUUUCUUGGUAGGGAGCUUCCUGCUGAGGGCGUUGAACGGACUGCUGGAGUAGGCAUCACAUGGCUCCGUCAGUCUUUUGGUGUGUGCCCUGCUGAUGCUGAUGAGGCUACAGUCCAGUUCUAUUGUCGAGCUUGGAUCUUGCACAUGUUUGGUUGUGUCCUCUUCCCAGACGCCACAGGAGACUGCGCGUCCUGGAUGUACAUCCCAUGUCUAACCGACUGGGAUACAGCUGGACAGUACAGUUGGGGCUCCGCUGUGCUUUCUUUUUUGUACCGGCAGCUUUGUGAAGCUUGCCGUCGUACGUCCUCCUCUUCGUCUAUAGGCGGUUGCGUCUACCUCCUGCAGAUAUGGAUGUGGUUUCGCAUACCAGUUGGUCGACCACGUGUUUUCCAGCCUAGACCCUGGCCAUGGAUGAUUCAUGGAAAUGAUCGUCUUCGACCGACGUAUGCUUAUAUUUGGGACCAAGUGGCAGCUCCUUUUGCGAGAGCUAAGAGGGCAUACAUGGAGUAUGUUAACGAGUUUGACACCCUUUCUGCCUCUAGCGUCACAUGGCAGCCAUACAACGCACCUGAGUAUGCUGGGAUGAUCUUUAGUGUAGUAUGCAGCAGUGAAGAUGAACUCUAUAUGAUGCAAUGUCCUUUGGUCUGUUUCUGGUGUGUUGAGUGGCACCUACCUCACAGGGUUCAGAGACAGUUUGGUAGGAACCAGCUAUGGCCGGUUGAAGAUGUUCCUACUUCAAAGGAGCUACACAAAUUUGACCGGCGGAAGCAAAAGAAGAUAACGGACUUUCGUCAACAUCAUCUGAUAUUAGUAAAUGAUUGGGAAUCGGGUGCUGAGAAUGUAUAUUCCAACGAUGAGUUGCACAACAAUAGUGAUUACAGGCGGUACCAAGCUUGGUACCAGGGUGCGACUCGUUGUAAGCUUCGCCAGCAGUGGACAGCGGAAGACUACGCCGACAUUGAUUCUUCAGACGAUGAAGAAACGGAGUAUGACCUGACCACUAGACUGGGAACCCAAGUGGAGGCGGCACCCAUAUUAGAUCGAGUGGGUAACACAUUGCGACGGUCGGUAGAGGACAUUGAUCGCCAACUUUUGACUACGGGCGACAGCAGCAUGCGCAGCUUCUUGCAGCGUUUAUCUAGGCGCCUACGUGGAGCUGCUGCUCGCUGUGGCUGCAGGACUACUGUUGCACAUGACGUCCAUGUACCAUCGUGUACCGACACAGCAACGCCCUCCACAGGUCUUGGUGCUGGCUUCGACUACGAUCACGACGAGAUAGGACCUUCACAGCUUGAGGGGGCUCCUUCGACACAGCCAUUACAACCACAGGAUCGUAGGCGACACCGCUCUCCACAACGUUACACUCCAGGCACCGACGCUUUAGGCAAGGGUAAGACUAGGAGACGUUGAAUUGGUUUGGACUCUAUGGACUUGUUAUGUAACGUAUGAAUUAUAUAGACUUGUAAUGGACUCAUUUGGCCUCUACGGGCUUGUAUGACAUUUUAAUGGACUUGUAUGAAUUCUAUGGACUUGUAAUGAACUUGUUUAGACUUUUAUGAGCUUGCUUGGAAUUGUUUACAAUUGUAUGCACUUGUAUGUUAUGCUUAUCUAUGAGUAUGUCUUGGAUUGACAAAAAACAGAGAAAACUCUGCCGAAAUUUUGUGAAAUUGUUGGUUAUGUCAUGUAGCCUUUACAUAACUAUUACAUAGCCUUUUCAGAAGCAUUAAUUUUAGGACUAGCAUCUAUACUUUUCAGAUCCAUUUCGUAGCCUUUUCAGGAGUGCUUAUAUAGCCUUUUCAGAGUGUAAAAAUAGCCUUUUCAGGAUUGUAUAUAUAGCCUUUUCAGAAAAAGAACAUAGCGUAGGACAUGUAGCCUUUUCAGAACUAGAACAUAGCCUUUUCAGAGUUUUUGUACAUAUCUGAUGUUUAUAAUCUAUUACACUAUCUAUCCUUUAGCCUAUAUAUACACGAUCCUUUGUACAUUUGCUUCAUUGUGCAAUAGAAUGGCUUCAGGGUCUUCUAGGGGCAAGGGUGCGGUAAAUGAGAGACGAAAGGAUGGAGGGAAGUUAACUCCAAUGUCUUUUGAUGGCCCUCUUGGUCCAGAUUUUUUUGAAGAGGCGGUUUUUAACUUUCCAGUUCAAAGUAAAAAAGAUUUCAACAAAGAGGUUAGACUUAGGUCCUACGAUAAUAGGAGAGAAGAUUGGCCGAAGUGCAUGCAUGGCGAGGAUUGCUUGGUGCAGAUGUUCGUUGAGGGUGGAAUUGAUGGAGGCCGGCGUUUCUUCAGAUGUCCUUAUGCAUAUGUACAAAUUAAUUUCUAGUCCUUUUUUCUAAAUACUUUUGUUGUUCAGUGAAACUAACUAUAAACAUUUAUGCAGCAUUCAUUGGUCAAGGAGAAUUGUGGGUUCACUCGUUGGGUAGAUCCUCGUCCAAUUUUUCCUCAUGCGGAAUACAUAUCCUACCUACAGAAUAGGAUAUUUGAUCUAGAGAGAGAAGUAAGCAACAAAAAUGAUGAGGAAGAAAGAGACACAAACAAUGGUGGUGCUUCACAGGUGCAAGUAUGCCCAGAUCCAUAUUGUUGCUGCCCUUGUCACAACAAGAAUGUUGGUCCUCCGUCGUCUCCACCGCACCCACAGCAGACACCAACAAUGGGAGGAUACUAUGGGGAAGGCUCAACUCAAUUUGGAAUGUGGGAGCACUACUAGAAAACUCUUAUGUAUCAAUUGCUUUUAGCGUGUUGGUUAUCUAUUUCAAUUGCUUCAAGUCGC